AUGCCUUUGCAAAUUCACAACUCAACCUCAACAAUACCAACGAUGCUUCGUUCUGCAGCACGGAAAAUUUCCUCCAACUUCUUACCUUCCCAGAGGCACAACUUCAGCUCAACAACAGCAAUCAAUGCUGAUUUCACUCAUGCUGUAAUAGGAGGCGGUGUCGUUGGACUUGCUGUUGCCCGCCAACUGGCGCAAAGAGACGGCACCUCGACCGUACUCAUCGAGCGCCAUGAUGCCAUCGGCACAGAGACAAGCUCUCGCAACAGCGAAGUCAUCCACGCGGGUAUAUACUACGGACCAUCGAGUUUAAAGACAAAGCUUUGCAUUCGUGGCAAGAAUCUGCUCUAUGAGCUUUGUGACAAGCACGACAUCGGCCACCGCCGCACAGGCAAAUGGAUCGUCGCCCAGAACGAGGUCCAGCAAGAAACUCUUGACAAGCUUCACACCCUAUGCAAGAACGAGCUUGGUGUUCCGACGCGGUGGGUCAGCGGCGAAGAGGUGAAACGGGAUGGUGAGGGUGUCCAGGCUGCGUGCGCGCUCGAGAGUCCAACGACAGGCAUCGUGGACUCACACGGCUUAAUGUUGUGUCUCCAGGGCCUCUUUGAAGACGCUGGUGGUGUUGUGGCGCUCAAUUCACCUGUUCCUAACAUCACUCCUUUCGGAUCCAAGCCCGGUAGCGAGGGUUGGGAAAUUGAGGUCAAAGAUACUUCCACCGGUGAGACGUCGAGUAUCACGACCGAGACGCUCAUAAAUGCUGCGGGGCUUGGAGCGGCAGUCAUUCACAACAUGAUAGUACUUCCAGAUAAGCACCUGAAGUUGUACUAUGCCAAGGGUAAUUACUUCUCAUAUUCGGCAUCUCAACCCAAGAUCUCACGGCUUAUCUACCCAGUGCCUGAGCCUGGCAUCGCAGGUUUGGGCACCCAUCUUACACUUGAUCUUGCGGGUCGCCUACGCUUCGGUCCUGAUGUUGAGUGGAUUGAUGACCCAAAUGAUCUGGCCGUCAACGCGGAGCGACUGCCGCAAGCCAUUAACGAGAUCCAGCGUUAUCUACCAGGUAUUGAUGCCUCGGCCUUGGUAGCAGACUAUGCUGGCAUCCGACCUAAACUAGCUGGUCAAGAUGCUGUUCGCCAGGGCAAAGGAUUCCAAGACUUUAUUAUUAGGAAAGAAGAAGGAUAUGAGGGCUGGGUAAAUCUUCUAGGCAUUGAAAGCCCUGGAUUAACAAGUUCCUUAGCCAUUGCUGAAAUGGUGCAGAAUUUACUGUAUGGGUCUAUAAAGUCAUUGUAA